AUGUCAAGUUCUACACAGCGCAAUCUCACGCUCACGGAGGAGCUGGAGAGAUUGGAACAAUCAAUCACCUUGACUCUGCAAGAGAUUGACAGCAAUUUCUCUCGAGCUCACCGAAUCGUCACAACCAGCAUUCUACCCGUCGUCGAGCAGUACGCCGAACACUCAAAAGAUGUCUGGGAAGGAGCCAAAUUCUGGAAACAAUUCUUCGAAGCAAGCGCCAACGUCUCCCUAUCAGGCUACGAAGAGAUGCCAAACGAAGACACCACAACAACAGACCAUGAGCGAACCGUAACAGAAGACUCGACCAACAUGACACAAACAAGUCUAGACGACGAAGCUGCAUCUUAUCAAACCCCCUCAUCCGAACGUUUGGAUCUGGGGCAUCACCACCACCCCGAUGAAAGUGAAUUGGAUAUCUCGUCGCUCACCAUAUCACCUUCGCACAGCACGCCCAGACCGCAGGCCUAUCUGAAGAGUAGUGAGACUCCGACGGCAGGCGGAUAUCCUUCAGCUUACCGUGAGGACGAAACCAGCCGAGUUGGACAUGAAGAGUCUACGCUCCCAUAUGACAACAAUUACAAUGCACCAGUCACCCCAGGAAGACAUACAAGCCGAUUUCAGCCAAACACAGGUGGAACACCAAUGUCCUCUCCAUUCAUUCCUCCGCCUACAAUCUCCCGUACGACCCAGCUAUCGACUUCAAAAAAGACAACCCAAAAGAGCUACCAGAAACCAACAGACCCCGUUCUACACCAUGUACUCGACAAAACAUACCGUGUGCAAGCAACACCAUUAUCGAAAGGGUACAAACCAACAAAAUUCUCUGUCAGCACCCCUAAAGAGAAGACUACCGAUCUGAAAUAUGCAUAUGAGGACUCCCCACUUUCCAGCCCCGAACUCGAAGCUCCAAAACUACGCUCGGAGCUCUUCGCAUAUAGCAGAGGUGGACAAAGCACGCCUGGUACAGGUCGCAAGGCUCGUCGCAGCCCUCAGAAGCGGGAACGUACUACACCCAGACCAGGCGUUAGCGUUUUGACACCUGCCAAACCAAGAUUAUCCCUGGUUGGCAGCAAGAAGACUACUACCGGCGGGUGGGAAAGCGACGACGAAGAUUUUGAUGCUUAUGAUCCUGAAGACACAGCUGCUGCUCUGGGGUUCAGUCCACCAAAGACAAUGCAGUUCCAUAUUCCGCAAAGUCGGUUGAUGAAGACGCCGGCCAAAGAGGCCUCCAAGCGCAUCGUAUCAGAUCUUCUCGCUACAGCAGGCGGCACGGGGACAACAUCGGAUGACAUGACGGAAGACUUUUAUAAUAGAUAUCGCGCAGGAGUUGAUGAGGAUGAGCAUAGUCCUACCGUUGUGCGGAGUGGAGGGCGAUUAGAAGAUGAUACUUUUUAG